AUGGCAUCUCCUAGUCUGCAGGCCUCUGAGGUAGCUGAGAAUGAGCUGGGCAUACCACUUUACCGGCCUUACCUCAUCCAGAAGACCUGGUGUCAGUGGCGUCACCUGCUAAACAAAGCCUUUGAGGUAGCAGAACGGGAGCUGGGCAUACCAGCCUUACUUGAUCCUGAAGACAUGGUGUCGAUGGCAUCACCUGAUAAACUGAGCAUCCUCACCUAUCUAUCACAGUACUACAACUUCUUCAAGGAUAAGAAAUCGGCUUCAGGUAAAGAUGUUGAGGUCUCAGACAAGGGCAAGGAGAUCCGCAGAAGGAGCUUCAAGAGGGCCAAAGAGAAGGAGAACAAAGCGGCCCAAAGUGGACCUCUUCCGGCCAAGAUCUCCCUGAAGAGUGACAAGUGUGAAAUCUGUGGCAAGAGGGUCUAUCUGGUGGAGAGACAGGUGGUGGAUGGUCGACUCUUCCACCGCAACUGCUUCAGGUGUACCAAGUGCAGGAGUACGUUGCGCCCGGACUCCUACAAGCUUACCAAGGAUCCCAAGAAGUUUGAAUGUAUGUGCCACAGCGAUAAUGGUGAUAUAUGGAACUUGCGCAUGAACGUUACAAGUCGGGCUGGUGCUAGGUUGGCGGGAGUAGCGGAAGAAGGGGGAACUAUAUGGCAGAACAGGACAACUAAGGCUCCUCCAAAGAGGCCAGAUCAGCCACCUCCGAAACUACCCCCGAAGGCAACCACUCCUGCAGAACCUGCCAUGGGGAAUUCAAAGCCUAGCGUGCCUCCUGUAGCUGAAGGAAACAAGCCAGCGUUUCCUGGCUCUGUUCCCUUGCAUCCCCAUCUUUUGAAGUCGGCCGCCAGGGCAAGGUUUCAUCCAUCAGGUAGUCCAGUCAGCAGUCCUCAGCUUCAAAGACACCCCUUCAAUGGGUCUGUCAGUUCCUUAGCCACUCAGAGAGAUACAGACAUGGCAGCUUCACAGGAGACUCUUGACAAGAGCACUGAGGAUUCGCCGGCCAGACCUGUACCUCUUCCGAGGUCGAUCACGAAACCAAAAGAAAAUGGUGAGGUGUCCACUGGAAAAGACACUCCUGAAGCUUCCACAGAGAAAUCAACUACGGAGAGCAGCAGGGAAGAGUCCAAGGUUCCGGAGAAUGGAGAUUCAACCAUGUUUUCAACAGACGAUGAUGAAUCAAAGUCUUCCGAAGUCCGGAGCCUUCAGGAAGGCGAGUCCUUGGGAUUUGAGAGUAGUGAUUUAGACAAUAUCAAUGACAGUUUCAACCAGACUUUCAGAGACACAGAUGAUGCGACUUCAGCAGAGGAGUCGACAGCUAAGGUUGUAGUUGCGACUGCUGAAGAGAUCAAAGAGGAAGUUGAAGAUUCUGGUAAAGAGGAUUCACAAAAAUCAGAGGAACCUGUGGAAGUUAGUUUGGAUCAGAAUGAGGAUGUCAGUGUAGCUAGUGAGGAAAAGGAUAAGGAAGAAGAAACUAUGAACACAGUCAAUGUCGCCAAAAAUCAAGAGAAAACUGAUUUAGAGAUUGUCUCCAAUGAUGUAACAAACAAGUCUGUGGAAGAAGGAAGUACUGGUGAUAGCGCAUUGUGGGACACCAAGGUUGAGUUAUCUGACUCGUUUCAAGAUGAGAACGGUGAAACAAAAAAGGCAGAAGAAGAUAUUGGUAUUGAAACAAGUGAAAAGACUGUUGAAAAUGAUAAUGAAAAUGAAAAAACAAUUCAGCCAACUACGGUUGUGAUAGAUGAGAGAACUGAAGGAGAUAAAGACUCCGAAAAUAAGCUUCAAGAAAAUGAGAGCCAGUUGGAAGAUCCAUCUGGAGGGAAAACGACCGUUGAUUAUGAUGAUUCACUAAACCCAUUCGGAAGUGAUGAUGAUGUAGAGACCGAAGAGCCUCCCAAAAGACAGUCUACGAAUCCAUUUGAUAGUGAUGAGGAUGAUGAUGGUUAUGACAAUAGCUUGAAUCCAUUCGGUGAUGAGGAGGAAGAAGAGGGAGAAGAUGAGACCCCCGCAGAUGGGAGUGUCAAUCCGUUCACAGGAUCACCGAUUGAAGAAACGCCUUUCAGUUUGAGACUCAAAGGGGAUAUAAGGGCUGCUUCUUUCUCGCAUCCGAGGAGACCAGAGAGACCUCCCCCUCCAAUCCUGAGCUCCGGUUCCUACUCCGUCAAGACCAGGUCUCAGAUCCUGGAGGAGCUGAAGCGGGACCGUGAAACGCUGAAGAAGAAAAGGGCUGCACCUCCACCACCCCCUGGUGGAAGCCCGGGAGGGGUCACGGCUCCACCUAGAUCGCGCAAAAGCCGCAAAGCACCGCAGCCCCCACAGGUUGCUCCAAAAGCAGCUUCUGAUGGAGAGCUUCCUAAUCGGCCUGCUGAGACCAAGAACGGGGAGUCAACGCCAGCCACACCAGUACCCCAACCAAGGAAAGGACCAAUUGCGAAUGGCACCAAACAAGAACCAGUGCCAUCACCGAGGAUGAAAAAGGUACAGAAAUUUGGUCAAAAGUUGCCCAUUACAGGUAUGCCUCUGAAACAGGUUGAUCUGAAAAACAUAGAACUUAAAAAGGUUCAGAAACCACCAUCUGAUUUCAGGAAAGUAGAAUUGAGGAAGGUUCGAAAACCUGAGGAUAUCGAUGAUAGGGAUAGGGAUGGGGAUGAUGAAAUGGAAGUUGAGCCCGUAUGGGUGAAGAUGAAGAAGGAUUUUGAUGUGUCAAGAGAAAAGAAAGCAGAAUCAAAACAACUUAAUGAAAAUGACACAGAUAGCAAAGGUAUGAUGAGUAAAGGUGUUACCACCAAAGAUGAAUCUCAAGUUGUGUCAUUUAGAGGGCAGGGUGUUGAUAAGGAACUAAGGGAUGAAAAGGCUAGUGAUAGUUUGAUCAAAGAAAACAUUAAGUCAGAGGAACUGUCCAAGACCACAGAGAACAAAAGCAAAACAGAGAGCACCUCACUUGGUGUAUCACAAGAGAAUGAAAUGAAGCCAAAAGUAAGGCUCUAUAUGAAAAGGGAUGAACAAUUGGCUCUACGAGAUGAAGAAAUGCAGGAGCUGGCCCUGAAAAAUGAAAAAGAGGGUGUGGUAAGUUGUAGCGUUGGAGAUGGGGAAAAGAAAGAGGAGGUCAAACCAAAAGACCUUUCUCUGAACAUAGUGCCUCUGAAGCCUAAACAGAAAGAGGAAGAUGGUAAGGGUAUGAUGGAGAGUAAGGUUACAUCGGGACCUAAGAUUGGUUCUAUAGCGCAGUCCAGCGCAGAAACGGAUGAUCUAGAGGACAUCAUGAAGAAUGUAAUGGAAUUUCUUAACCUUGACUUUGAAUUUGAGAAAAAAGCCGUUGAAGGUAUGAAUAUGGAGGAUUUAGAAGACAAGGUCGACUUGCCACUCCCCUCCGGGAAGAUGGAAAUGAAGAAAGAGAAGACGGAGUCGUUGAGUCGGAGCAAGGAAUCCAAACGUCUUCUCUCCGACGGGGAGGAGGAUGAUGAUGUCACCGAGUUGAAGGUGAGACCAAUGACAAGGAGGAAUGAGAUACUGAGCGAUGAUGAAGCAACACCGGUACCUGCACCAAGGAAGAAACGGUACCACCGGCGCCACAGCCAGCGCUCUGAUGUGACUGUCAGUCAAGCAUCUACCAUAGAGGAUGAGGUGCGUUUGCACGGUGACUUGAUGAAGUGCACGCUAGAAACGAGCGCAAGAAUCGGCUGGACGAUGGACUGCAUAGAAAUUAGCAUUAUGAAGCAGCAAGGAUGGUAUGCCAGCAUGUGUAACCCUUUAAUUUUGUUAAGUCACCCGAAAUGCGCUUGCCCUCUGGAAUAGACAUAUCCAGCAAAGUAAAUGAAAUUAAAAGGAUUCCUUAAUAGUUUUCUGGGUUAAAUUAAGACAUAUCAGAACAUCAUUUUUCCUUGAUCUUAUUUCCUUUCAGAAUCAUCAGGUCAUUGCAUUAUAAAGGAGGAUUUUAAACUUAAUUUUGACAAGAGAAUGACAAGUACAGAUGGUGAAAUUCAAUUCUUAAAGUUGAUUGGAAGAUAAAAAGAAAUUAAUUAACAAGUGUAAGGUUUUAAAAUUUCCUGAAAUAGGUUUAUCCCAUAUCUAUGUGAUAAAUGACCAAAGUCAAUUAGCAAACAUUCCUAAUG